AUGUCGUCUUCCGGAGAUUUCGGUAAUCCUCUUAGGAAAUUCAAAUUGGUGUUUUUGGGCGAACAAAGUGUUGGUAAAACGUCACUCAUCACAAGAUUUAUGUAUGAUAGUUUCGAUAAUACUUACCAGGCCACCAUUGGUAUUGAUUUUUUGUCUAAAACUAUGUAUCUCGAAGAUAGAACUGUAAGAUUACAGCUAUGGGAUACAGCAGGACAAGAAAGAUUCAGAAGUCUUAUUCCUUCUUAUAUCAGAGAUUCUACUGUUGCUGUUGUUGUAUAUGACAUAACAAAUGCAAAUUCUUUUCACCAGACAUCAAAAUGGAUAGAUGAUGUUCGAACUGAACGUGGUAGUGAUGUAAUAAUAAUGUUAGUUGGUAACAAAACUGAUUUAACUGAUAAACGACAAGUAUUAGCUGAAGAUGGUGAACAUAAAGCCAAGGAGUUAAAUGUCAUGUUUAUUGAAACUAGUGCUAAAGCUGGUUACAAUGUUAAACAAUUGUUCAGAAGAGUGGCAGCGGCAUUACCCGGUAUGGACGUAGCUGAGAAUCGACCACCAGAAGACAUGCAAGAAGUCGUGCUUAAAGACACACCGAAUGAUGCAGCAAAUCCAGAGAAGAGUUGUGCAUGCUAA